AUGUUGUUGUUUCCUUCUACUUCUUUACGUCUCUUCUUCUUUCUCUUCCUCUUGUUCUCCUCUUGUUUCUUACAGAUUAGAGGAGAUGAUGAUGAUGAUGAUAUAAGCGAUGAUAAUAUCAAAGUCGACCCGAGUCUCAAGUUCGAAAACCCAAGUCUUCGACAAGCCUACAUUGCUCUUCAAUCAUGGAAACAAGCUAUUUUCUCUGAUCCUUUUAACUUCACUGCUAAUUGGAAUGGCUCUGAUGUUUGUUCCUACAACGGUAUCUUUUGUGCUCCUUCUCCUUCUAGUCCGAAAACUCGAGUUGUUGCGGGUAUUGACCUUAACCAUGCGGACAUGGCUGGUUAUUUACCUCGUGAGCUUGGUCUUCUCACUGAUCUUGCUCUCUUUCAUCUCAACUCAAACCGCUUUUGUGGAGAAGUACCUCUCACGUUUAAACACAUGAAGCUUCUCUUCGAGCUUGACUUAAGUAACAACCGUUUUGUUGGGAAGUUCCCUAAUGUUGUCUUGUCUUUACCUUCCCUCAAGUUCUUGGAUCUUCGGUACAACGAGUUUGAAGGUAGUAUCCCUUCGAAGCUAUUCGAUAAAGAGCUCGACGCGAUAUUCUUAAACCAUAACCGGUUUAUGUUUGGGAUACCCGAAAACAUGGGAAACUCUCCGGUGUCUGCUCUAGUUCUUGCGGAUAAUGAUCUUGGAGGUUGCAUACCGGGAAGUAUCGGUUUAAUGGGAAAGACUCUCAACGAGAUCAUCCUCUCUAACGAUAACUUAACCGGUUGCUUACCACCACAGAUUGGGAAUCUCAAGAAUGUGACGGUUUUCGAUAUCAGUUUCAACCGUUUAAGCGGUCCAUUGCCAUCAAGCAUUGGAAACAUGAAGAGUUUGGAACAGCUCAAUGUUGCUAACAAUAGAUUCACAGGAGUUAUACCAAGCAGCAUUUGUCAGCUCUCUAACCUUGAGAACUUCACUUAUUCUUCCAACUUCUUCACCGGUGAUGCCCCGAGAUGUGUGGCUCUUUUGGGAGACAAUGUGGUGGUUAAUGGCUCGAUGAAUUGUAUUGAUGGUAAAGAAGAUCAAAGAUCGUCUAAAGAGUGUUCUUCUCCAGCCUCACGCUCUGUUGAUUGUAGUAAGUUUGGGUGUAACAACUUUUUCUCUCCUCCACCACCGUCUUUUAAGAUGUCACCCACCGUUCGAGUACUUCCUCCACCGCCUCCGUCUUCCAAGAUGUCGCCUACAUUUAGAGCAACUCCGCCACCGCCGUCUUCUAAGAUGUCACCAUCUUUUAGAGCAACUCCGCCACCGCCUUCUUCUAAAAUGUCGCCUUCUUUUAGAGCAACUCCGCCACCACCUUCUUCUAAGAUGUCGCCUUCCGUCAAGGCGUAUCCUCCUCCUCCACCACCGCCAGAGUAUGAGCCAUCUCCGCCUCCUCCUUCUUCCGAAAUGUCACCUUCCGUUAGGGCAUACCCUCCACCACCACCACUAUCACCACCACCACCAUCUCCUCCUCCACCAUACAUCUACUCAUCUCCUCCACCACCGUCACCAUCUCCUCCUCCGCCAUACAUUUACUCAUCUCCUCCGCCCGUAGUUAACUGUCCACCCACAACACAAAGUCCCCCACCUCCGAAAUAUGAGCAAACUCCUUCACCAAGGGAAUACUAUCCAUCACCUUCACCACCUUACUACCAAUACACGUCUUCUCCGCCACCGCCUACUUACUACGCCACUCAAUCUCCACCGCCACCACCACCGCCUACUUACUACGCUGUUCAAUCUCCCCCGCCACCACCACCGGUAUACUACCCACCUGUAACAGCAAGUCCUCCUCCACCACCGGUCUACUAUACACCGGUUAUACAAUCUCCUCCUCCUCCACCGGUUUACUAUUCACCUGUUACCCAAAGUCCUCCACCACCACCACCGGUUUACUAUCCCCCGGUAACACAAAGUCCACCACCAUCACCGGUCUACUAUCCGCCAGUUACCCAAAGUCCACCUCCCCCACCAGUUUAUUAUCUUCCAGUAACUCAAAGCCCUCCACCGCCAUCACCAGUCUACUAUCCACCGGUAGCAAAAAGCCCUCCACCACCAUCACCAGUCUACUAUCCACCGGUAACACAAAGCCCACCUCCACCGUCAACACCAGUUGAGUACCAUCCACCGGCAAGCCCAAACCAGUCUCCACCACCGGAGUAUCAAUCACCACCACCAAAGGGAUGCAACGACAGUCCAAGUAACGACCAUCACUACCAAACACCAACACCACCUUCUCUGCCGCCUCCAUAUUACGAAGACACACCUCUUCCGCCUAUCCGCGGUGUCUCUUAUGCGUCUCCUCCUCCACCAUCAAUCCCAUACUACUAA